ACAAUUGUAUAUUUUGAAUUUCAGUAAAUGUUUAGUAUUUCGCAUGGGUGGAACAUCCUUAGAUGUAACAGUUCUUCAAGUUUCAAAUGGCAUGUACACUGUCCUCUCAACAGUGCAAAAAAAGAAUUUUGGAGGUCAUCAUAUAACUGAUGCUAUUGUCAAUUUCUGCUCUAGUGAAUUUCAAAGGCAAUAUAAAGUAGAUAUAAAAGAAAAUAAACGGUCUUUAAUGAAAUUACGUUCAGCUGCUGAACAUUAUAAACAUGUUGUUCAUAGUUCCAUAAAUGAGAGGUGCCAAGCGGAAUCAGUAUACGAUGGAAUAGACCUUAAUAUUAGUAUAAGCAAAGCCAGAUUUGACUCACUUAUCCAUAACACAUUGCAACAGUGCUUAGAUCCUAUAAAUGAAGCUUUAAAUUGUGCUUCCCUUUCUGUUGCUAAUAUUAACAAGGUAAUCCUUGCAGGAGGUUCAUGUAAAAUUCCGAAAUUGCAACAACUAAUUUCAAAUACUUUUUAUUCUGCCAAUGUAUUAUCUAGUAUUAAUCCUGAUGAAGUCAUAGCUGUUGGAGCUGCAAAACAAGCAACGUUGGUUAGUCAUAGUAUUGAGGAUGAAAACUGCUUUAUCAAUCUACUUUCUCAAGAUCUUUCAAUCAAGAUCACAGGUAUUUCUGAUCGCCCAGAUUAUCUUUUACUAUGUAGUAAAGGAACAACAAUACCAACAAUUAUCACUGAGACUUUUAGAGUAACUGAAGAUACUGAAAGUAUAAAAGUUGAAAUCCUAGAAGGUAAUCUUUCUGUAAAAGAUGAUGAAGCAACAUCUUUAAUAGCUGUGUUAACUAUGUCGAAUUUACCUGUUGGGGAAAUGCAUAUAUCAUUCCAUAUUAGGAGUGAUGGUUCUAUUUUUGUUACAUGUAAAGACUGUGCUUCCAAAGAUGUAGGUUCAGCAACUGUUGUCCCUCCUCGUAAUCAGGGCUGUACAUAGCAGAUUUUAUGCUUCUUUAAUAUAUUUAUUUUUUAAUAAACUUUUAAAAGUUA